AUGAUUCGAGAAGACGAUCCUCAAUUUAGAAUUACUCCAUUCCAACAAAUGGCAUCGGCGUGUUCCGGUGCAUUAAUAACCUCGUUAUUUAUGACACCACUAGAUGUAGUGAAGAUUCGAUUGCAAGCACAACAAAAGGCGUUGCUGUCAAACAAAUGUUAUUUGUAUUGCAAUGGUUUAAUGGAACAUCUUUGUCCUUGUGGAGAAACUGCUUGGAUACCGAGACGAGUACAUUUUCACGGCACUAUAGAUGCAUUUUAUAAGAUAGCAAAAUUAGAAGGUGUCCCAGCUUUAUGGUCUGGUCUAAGUCCCACUCUUAUACUUGCACUUCCUUGUACUGUGAUUUAUUUUGUGUCCUACGAACAAUUGAGAUAUCAAAUGAAAACUAUCUAUAACACCGCAACUGGUAAUCCGUCUCAACCAAUGUGGAUACCCCUUAUAGCGGGUGCCACUGCAAGAAUGACAGCCGUGACUCUUGUGAGUCCAUUAGAAUUAAUAAGGACAAAGAUGCAAUCAAAAAAAUUGACAUAUUCAGAAAUUAAUUUAGCUUUACGACAAGUCCUAAAAUAUGAAGGAUACAGAGGAUUGUUCCGUGGUUUGGGUUCCACUUUGCUUAGAGACGUACCCUUCUCAGGUCUAUAUUGGACAACAUUUGAGACAACAAAGAGGAUUUUCAAUAAACCAGAUUCAGAAAAGAACUCAUUUUUAUUUAAUUUCUUCUGUGGUUCUGUGGCUGGCAGUAUUGCUGCAUUUGUAACAUUGCCGUUUGAUGUGGUGAAGACCCAUCAACAAAUUGAAUUAGGUGAAAAGGAAAUUUAUACCGAUGGUAAAAUACAGCAGCGGGCUUCAAACAUGCAAGAUAUAGCAAGAAAUAUAUACAAGAAUCACGGUAUCAGAGGUCUUUUUACCGGAUUGUUACCGAGAAUAUUUAAAGUUGCACCGGCUUGUGCGAUCAUGAUAGCAACAUUUGAAUAUGGGAAACAAUUCUUUAGAACUUACAAUAGCCAAAAGUACAAGGAAAAAAUGCAGAGGUACAUUUGUUUCAGCUUCAAUAAGUUUAACGCUUUUAACAUUUGA